AACUGAAGACAGAUUUCUAAACAGAAACCUAGAGCUGACCAGAAACUCAGCGAGCCAGAGCUUUCCCGCUGCCAGCUCCAGUCAGAGAGCAGAAGAAAAUGGUGCAGGCUCAGGAAUCCCUGACCUUUCAUGAUGUGGCCGUGGACUUCACCUGGGAGGAGUGGCAGCUACUGGACCCCAAUCAGAAAAAAUUGUACAGGGACGUGAUGUUAGAGAACUUCAGCCACCUGAAGUCAGUGGGGUAUCAAGGUAGUAAACCAGACGCGCUCUCCAAGUUGGAACGAGGGGAAGAACCAUGGAGAGCACAGGAUGAGCUCCAUCUAGUCUGUGAAGAAUGCAGGCAAGAUGAUGAUUCUCUACAGUGUCACCUGCAAAUUGGUAAAGUUCAGAUGAGUGCGGAACGAUGCUGUGACCCUGACACAUUUGCAAAUAUUGUUAAUCAUACUGAAGGUCAUUUUCCGCUAAAGCACAAUCGUAAUCUUGAGAAUCAUGGAAAACCUUUACAAUUAAAAUUAAGUUUUAAAAAACAGAACAGAAGCUGUAACUUAACGAACUCUGUCGAGUUGAAUGGACAUGGGACUCCCAUUCUGCAUGGCAACGAACAACUGUGUUACCCUGAAAUUAUAUUUCCUUUCAGUACGAAAAACGUCAGUAAUAAAUCCCAGGUCAUUCAGCAACAGAGAACUCACAAUGGAGAGAAACCCCAAGAAUGUACUGAAUGUGGGAAGGCCUUCAUCAAGAUGUCUCUUCUGAGUCAACACGAUAGACUUCAUGGUGAGGAGAAUCCUAAUGUAUGCAGUCUGAGCAGGAAAGGCUUUUUUAUUAAAUACAAUCUCCCUGAACAUAGUGGAAUUCAAGCAGCACUAAAGCAGUAUGAGUGCUCUGAAUGUGAUAAAACCUUCCUGAAUAAAUUUGACUUGAACAUGCAUCAGAAAACUCACAUGGGAAAGGAACUUAAUGUAGGUACUGAAUGUGGGGAAAUGUUCAUCAAAAAGUCUCAGUGCAUUUGUCAUCACCAAACUCACACAGGAGAGAAACCUUGUAUCUAUAGUGAAUGUUACAGAAACAAUGGCUGUACCACCACCCAUCAGCAAAAUCAUGCAGAACAGAAGCCCUGUGUAUGUAGUGUAUGUGGGAAAGGCUUCACAGUUAAAUCGAACCUGGUUGCACAUCAACGGACUCAUACAGGGGAGAAACCUUAUAUCUGUAGUGAAUGUGGGAAAGGUUUCUGCAGGAAUCGCUAUCUGAUUAUACAUCAGCUAUGUCACACAGGAAAGAAACCCUAUGUAUGCAAUGAAUGUGGAAAAAGCUUCACAGUUAAGGUAAACCUGGUUGUACAUCAACGAACUCACACAGGAGAGAAACCUUAUAUCUGUAGUGAAUGCGGGAGAGGUUUCGCCAGGAGGAGCUGUCUGAUUAUACAUGAGCGAUCUCACACAGGAGAGAAACCUUUUAGGUGUAGUGAAUGCGGUAAAGGUUUCCCAAGGAAAUACAGCCUGAUCGCACAUCAGCGAAAACACACGGGUGAGAAGCCCUAUGUAUGUAGUGUUUGUGGUCGAGGCUUCAUAAUGAAAGGUGAUCUUGUUUCACAUCAGCAAACUCAUUCUUCAGAGAAACGCUAUACAUGUAGUGACUGUGAGAAGCAAUUCAGCAGGAAGAGAUCAUUGGUUGAACAUCAGCGAAUUCAUACAGGAGAGAAACCUUAUAUCUGUAGUGAAUGUGGGGAAGGUUUCAUUGUGAAGAGAUCUCUGAAUAUACAUCAGUGGUCUCACACAGGAGAGAAGCCGUUUGUCUGUGGUGAAUGUGGGAAAGGUUUCACCAGGAAGAGCCAUCUGAUUCUGCAUCAGCAUUCUCACACAGGACAGAAACCUCAUAUUUGCAGUGAAUGUGGAAAAGGCUUUUCAGUGAAGAACAGACUUGUAUUACAUCAACAGAUUCAUUCAGGAGAGAGACUUUAUUUCUGUCCUGAUUGUGGUAAAAGUUUCACCAGGAGGAACCAUCUCAGUGUACAUCUGCGAUCACACACGAAAGAGAAACCCUUAAAUGCAGUGAGUGUGGAAAAGGUCUCCCAGUGACAGUGCGGCUGGUUGUACAUGAAUGGACUCACAGGAGAGAAACCCUAUUUAUGUAGUGAACGUGGAAAAAGCUUCACGGUGAGGUUAAACGUGGUUGUACAUCAACAGACUCAUAUAGUAGUUAAGCAUUUCUAUACUCUAUGUGGGAAACGUUUCUCGAGGAAGGACUCAGUCGUCUCACACAAGAGAGAAACAGUUUUUACGUAGUGAAUGUGGAAAAGCAUUUCUGGUGAAGAGCAAGCUGGUUUUACAUCAAGGGAGUCAUACAGGACAGAAACCUUAUACAUGUAGGCAUGUAGGAACGAUUUCAAAACCAUGUGAGACCUGAUCACGUGAAGGAAAACAUGCAGGUGAGAUAUAGUGUAUAUGGGAAAGGUGUCACAAUGAACAGUGAUCUCAUUUCACAUCAGCAAACUUCAUUCUUUGGUGAAAUCGUGUAUGUGCAGUGAAUGUAAGAAACAAUUUAUAAGGAAGAGAUCACUGCUCGAACAUUUACAAAUUUAUAUAGGGGAGAAACCCUGUGUGUGCAGUGAAUGUGGAACAGGCUUCACAGUGAAGGCACAGCUGGUUUUACGUCAGUGGACUCAUACAGGAGAGAAACCUUGUAUCUGUAGUGAUAUGUGGGAGACAGUUCAAAAAAGUAUCAUCACACAUCACCGAAAAAACAAGUGUAAGAAGUCCUGUAUAUGUAACGUAUGUGGAAAUGGCUUUACCAUGAAGAGUGAUCUCACUUUACAUUAAAAAAUGUGCACUUAGAAGAAACUAUAUAUGUGCAUUGAAUGUGGGAAAGACCUUACCCUGAACUGUCAUCUGACUGUACAUACAGUGAACUCACACAGGAAGAAAAUUUCUAUAUACAAGAAAAGUGGCUGAGGCUUUACUGGGAAAAGCAUGCUUGUUGCACAUUGCAAAUACCCAGCAGAGAAUUUACAGAGGAGAGAAACCCUGUGCAUGGGAUGAAUGUGGGAAUGCCUUCACUACAAAGUCAGGACUCAGUCUUUAUAAGAGAAAACCUACAGGAAUGGGGCCUUGUGGGCGUAACAGUUGUCGGGAAAGCUUUGGACCGCUUGGCAACCUUCCUGAAACAUAAGAGUAUUCACAAGUCAUCACUUUGGGGUAAGCCCAUUGCACAUAGUAGACCCUCAAGGUAAUAGUGUGGAAUGAAGAAUAACUUCAUGCAAAAAAUGUACUACUCAGUUUACUGAUCAAAAUCAUUGUGUUUUAUAUUGAUGAAAACAUUUAUCGACCAACUCAUACAUAUAUAGCCUUGAAGAUACUUGAGGACACUGUGUAUCUGAAAAUUGUUUCUUGCGGUAACCCUUAUCAAUGUGGUAAUCUUGGGAACCCUUUAGUGGACCUAGACCCCAUCAUGUAAUCAUGAAGUAGCAUGAAUGAGUGAUUAGUUCUAAUUAUAAGAAACCAUCUACUUAAUAGAUGUCACUUCCAACUAUAAAUACUUUUCUGUGGCAGUAAACAUGGCAUAGUUUUCAGGCAUUUUUGUUGCCUCGUUUGUCAGUAAAUCCAUGAGUAAUUACCUAUGAACACA